AUGGAAUAUGUUGUCGAUCUCGACGCGAUGCACUACGUUGCAAAGGAUGCAGAGGACUUUUCGAUACCGAGGCGAUUGUCGGUGAAUGAAAAUCAACGAACAUUAGCGGCUAUCAAUUCCGAUGUGAAUUCACGUGUCGAUGAUACACGUAAACGGAAAGCUCUAAAAAUACGAAAUGAUGUGGAAGAGAGUAGAAAACUCAUUAAUACGGUUAAAAUUAAACAGAAUGGAAACAAAGCUGAUGUUGAAUGGGCUUUAAAGGAGGGAAUUAGUGAUAAAAAUCGCAAUGGAAAUGAAGGUGAAAUUAAAUGGAAUGAAAAUUUCGCAAUCGAUUCAGGAGGCAAUGGAAUAUGGAAUGUUAAUGGACGAAAAAUUAAGCAGAAUGAAAACACCCAUUGGGGUCAAUGUGGUCAUGAUGAAAAACCAAAUGGAAGCUCACAUGAAAUUAAUUGGAAUGGAAACUUCUCAAUUGGUCAAAAUGAUUAUGAAGGACCGGGUGGAAAUGAUCAUGAAGUUAAAUGGAAACGGGACACCCUCAAAAGUCAAAAAUCAAGCGGAAAUGAAGGUAGGAUCAUUACGGGUCAAGGUAAUGAUGAAAAAACGAGUGGAAAUGAAAUAAAACAUAACGGAAAUGCCCGUGAUGAUCAAAAUACUAAUAACAAAUCAAGUGAUGAUGGUGACGAAACCAAAUGGAACGGAAACAUCGGUGAUGGUCAAGGUAGUGAUGAAAAAUUAACUGAGGGCGGGGAUGGAAUGGGACGGGACGGAAAUAUCCUUAGGGAUCAAGGUGAUAUUGAUGAACCGGUUGGAAGCAGAAGUGAAAUCAAAAGGAAACGAAAUGUGAUAGAUCAAAGUACUGGCAAAGAAUCGGAUGAAAAUGAAGGUAAAAUUGAAUGCAACGAGAAUGACCCGAUAAAUCAAAAAGAAGCUGAAAAAGCGGUUGGAAAUAGAGGUCAACGGAAUGGAAAUGUUUCAAACCAUCAAAACGGUGCCGAAGAGCCGAAUAAUGGUUUUCCGCGGAAAACGAAAACCUUAGGGCUUCUUUGCCGGAAAUUUUUGUUGGAAGUACUUGAAUAUGUGGAUUGUGGAGAUGAUAAAAUCAAUCUUGAAGCAAUCGCAUGUUCUAUGAAAGUUGAGAAGCGUCGAAUCUAUGAUGUUGUAAACGUUAUGGAAGCUCUGGGUGCUAUGAGAAAAUCACACAAAAGUUUCUACACUUGGGAAGGAUUGGAUAAUUUACCAUCUACUCUUCAUAACCUCAAGAUAGAAGCAGACAAAGAGGCUGUAUAUGAAAAAGUUUUAAUGACACAGCAUGUAAUGACACGAUUCAUGGAAGUACCUAAUAUGAACGGAAACGCUAACGGAUCUCUCGAUAGUGCCGGACCAUCGCAAACACCUGAUGACAAUGACAUUUCCACUGCGGAACAGUCAAAUUCACCGGGAAACAGUAAUAACGGAUCUGUUUCAUCAAAACAAUAUUGUUCAAAGAAAAAAGAAAGCAAACGCCAGCGUGGAUUGAAUUCGUUAACAUAUCUAUGCAAAUAUUUUUUCAAGAUUUUAAUUGUCGGAUUGGAUUAUGAACCUGACUACAAAGUAAGUUUGGAUGUUGCAAGUACCAUACUGAUUAAGGACCCCGAAAUUGAUGGUUGCAAACCACCAGAUCGCAGUCGAUGUCGACGGAUCUACGAUGUUGCAAAUGUCCUGAUUUCACUGCGACUGAUAGAACGCAGAAUGUUUACUUUUGGAACGAAAAAAAUUCCACUCUUCGUCUACUGUGGUCCCAAGAUUACUGAAAAUGGUAAAUUCGACUUCUUCCAUCAUAUUCGCUUCAAUAAGCUGUCCGUAAAAUUGAAAAAUUCGGAAGAAAAGAAGGCAUACGAAGUGGAGGAAGAAAGUUUGGAAACCUUUUUCCUCAAGAAAAAUAAAAAAAAGCAAGGAACUGAAUUAUCCAAUAGCGUUGACGAACCAGCAGAGAAGCGAAGGCGAAUUGAAGGUACUGAUCUGAUUCAGGAAAAUGUAGAUGUCGAGAAGGAAAAUGUUCCAGUUGCUGUAAUAAACCAAGUCAUUCCAUCAUCACAGGACCCUACUCCCAUGUCAAUUUUACGACCUCAACCACAGAAAGCUGCUGAUUUAACAUCAGUUCUUGCUUCUCAGACUUUCUCACCUUUCAAUGGUUUGCAAUCAGUUGUCCAACAGUCAAGACUUGCACAAUUUAUGCCAAUACCAAUUUGUUCUCAAGAAUUUUUACCGUUUGAUCCAAACAUGAUUCUUUUGAACAACGGGAACACACUUCAUAACAUCACUUCGUCACGGAUUCCCAUGCAACAAAACAAUUUCAAUUACUUGCCAAUCGCUUAUCCAUUAUCACCAAUGGCUUUCUUCCAACAAUCAUAUGGUCCAUCAAUUGAUAAUAGAAAUAUUAUUUAUUCUGUUUAUAACAAUAUCAGCAACAGUUUUAUCCAUUCGGCGAAUACUCUAAGAUCUUCAAUAUUUAACAUCGAUUCAAUAUUGGGUAAUAGAGAGAUUCAUCAAACUAAUCAAGUAGCUGAUGAAAUAAAUUUUGCUACUUCAACUAGCCAACAUUUUAAUCCAGCAAGAAAUCAAAAUGCACUACUUUAA